UUGAUAUAAUAGCAUUAACAGAUUAAUUCCAAAUUUUGAGUUUCACAUAGCACACACACUGUUCACGUUCAGAUAUGCUCUCUUCCUCUCACUGCAGAGUCUUCAAAAAGUCCAGCCCCAACUCCAAGCUCACAGUUUAUCUGGGGAAGCGAGACUUUGUUGAUCACUUAGACCAUGUAGAUUCAGUAGACGGAGUGCUCCUUGUAGACCCAGAGUAUCUGAAAGAUCGAAAAGUGUUUGUUACUCUGACCUGUGCGUUUCGUUAUGGCCGGGAGGACCUGGAUGUCCUGGGCCUUUCCUUCCGGAAGGAUCUGUACGUGAGCACCAUCCAGGCCUUCCCUCCUCUUGAGGAGAAGAAGAUGCCUCUGAGCCGGCUGCAGGAGCGGCUGCUGAAGAAGCUGGGUCAGCACGCCUACCCCUUCCACUUCACUAUCCCUCAGAAGCUGCCCUGCUCGGUAACCCUCCAGCCGGGCGCAGAGGACACUGGGAAGGCGUGUGGUGUGGACUAUGAGCUUCAAGCAUUCUGUGCUAAGACUGCGGAGGAGAAGAUCCACCAAAGGAACUCUGUGACACUAGUGAUCCGGAAGGUUCAGUACGCUCCGGAGAAGCCAGGUCCUCAGCCCAUGGUGGAGACCAGUCGCAGCUUCCUGAUGUCCGACAGAUCUCUACACCUGGAGGCUUCACUGGAUAAGGAGCUGUACUACCACGGUGAGCCCAUCAGUGUCAAUGUCCACGUCAGCAACAACUCCACCAAGAGUGUGAAGAGGGUGAAGAUUUCUGUUCGUCAGUAUGCUGAUAUCUGUCUGUUCUCCACGGCUCAGUAUAAGUGUGCAGUCGCCCAGAUUGAAGCAGAUCACCAGGUUUCUCCCAGCUCCACCUCCUGCCAGGUCUACACUCUGACCCCCACGCUGGGCACCAACAGGGAAAAGAGGGGCCUGGCCCUGGAUGGAAAGCUAAAGCACGAAGACACCAACUUGGCCUCCAGCACCAUAGUAAAAGAGGGCACCAACAAGGAGAUGAUGGGGAUCCUGGUUUCCUACAGAGUCAAAGUCAAACUGGUGGUGGCUCUUGGAGGGUAA